AUGGCCAUAAACACGCUCGCAGCGGUGUGCAUCAUCUUCUACUACAUCGCCAUCCUGUUCGUGGGCGUCUGGGCAGGUCGCAAGGUGCACGCCGACAAGAUCCUGGCCCAAGCUAGAGGAGUUCAUCGCGACAAGAAGUCCAGAAAGGAAGAAAAUAGCGUGGACAAUUUCCUUCUGCGUUUCUUCGUUGCCAACAGGUGCUUGCCGCUUACUAUCGGAUUUGCCUCCAUGACAGCGACAUGGGCCGGAGGAGGCUUCAUUAACAGGACGGCCGAAGUAAUCUAUACCAAGGGCCUUGUCUACUGCAACGUCCCUCUGGGCUACAUGGCCAGCCUCUGCAUCGGUGGAUGGCUGUUCGCCGGCAAGAUGCGGGCCACGGACUCUCUGACCAUGCUUGACCCGUUCCAGAAGCACUACGGCUGCUGGAUGGGUGUCCUGCUCAGCGUGCCCGCGGUCUCCGGAGAGCUUUGCUGGACAGCCUCUAUACUAUACGCGCUCGAUAACUGUACGUUCAAAUACAAACAUAAUGAACAAUAUUUCCGCUAA